AUGUUCAGCUCUACCUUCAAAGCUGAUUGCCUUUGGGUUAACUUGCAACUAGUUAUCAAUCACCUGAAAGUCCUGGAAAAAGAAGAGAAAACUGAGCCGGCCCAGAAAGCAAGGGAGGAGGUUGCCGACCAUCUGGCUGCCGGGAGACAUGAAGGAGCUCAGAUCCGUAGAGAGCACAUUGUCCAGGAAGACCACCUUAUGGAGGCCACGGAGAUCCUGGGGCUGUACUGUGACCCACUGCUGGCUCGGCUUAGCCUGAUUCAGCCCACAAAGGAACCAGAUUCUGGUCUGGCUAAACCUGUAUCUACACUCAUCUGGGCAGCUCCUCAAUUGCAGUCACAAGUCCCUGAGUCGAAAAUAGUACCUAAUCAGCUGUGUGCAAAAUACAGCUAA